AUGGCCAAAAAUGAGACAACAGGACCAGGGCUAUACUUCAAAUACUGGGGAUUAGAUAUCACUUAUCCUAGAAUCACCUCCUGUCAACCUGUGCUCUCUGAUGUGAUAGGUGUGGAGAAGACAAUCGUCUGUGGCAAUGGACAAGGCUGCAAGGUAUCGAGAACUGUGAUCCUCGUGGACACCUACACGAAUAGCGUAGGAUGGAAGAUUGGCGGUUGCACACCAAGUAUGGUGCAUGUCGAUCUGCUGUGCGACAUCGAGGAGGCAACGUAUAAAUUCGACGCACGGUUUCAAAGCGAUAAGAGCGAGGGGGACAUUUUGGUCUUGGAAAAUGACCUGAACAAAGCUGACCGGCUUCAGCAUUGUACUGUCCUAGACCUGGUCGCCGACGGCGUGAAAGAUGAUCCUGAAAAUGGCAUGGUAUGGGCACCAUUGUGGCCAAAGGAUCACGACAGAGGCUUCCUCUUUAUGGGGUCUGUGGUGACGUUGAAUAAGUAUCGUUUGCUUUCCGACGACCACGAAAUCCGCUCCAACGAAAUUGUAAUCAAAUCGAACCCUCGCAAGGGGAACCCUUUUCCAAACAGAGUAUUCAUAUGCCCUCCCGAUCAGCCCCUCCGCAAAACAGACGAGGCUCGUGUACCCCUGAAGCAGCUUGGAAAUGAACUCCUUGGUGCGAUUGGAUGCGUUUAA